AUGAAAGAGUUUCCCGGUAGAACCCUAUUUCGCCCAAGUUGUUUCAGAACCGGAAAAAAGAAGCGGGUUUUCACACAGCUUGCGCAUAGUGCAGGUCCCACUUGUAUAUCGUAUUUGGCCGAAGAAGCAUCGGACAGGUUGGAGUUCUUACCUUCUUGGGAUUCCAUGGACCAAGAUCUGCUUUUAUUAUAUGGGCAAUACCGAUCUACUUUAGUAGAUCAUAUGGAUGUAGAAAAAGCUUCUCAUUUUGAUGAAUUGGAAACAUCUCUUUUCCAUUUCUAUUUACCCAGUUCAUAUCUUUGUUUCAUGUGUUCCCCGGAGGAAUUCGAUCUCUUCACAUAA